UUCCCAUAAGCCAAGCUAGGAACUUGUGUGCCACUUCAAAUUUCUUAAUUAUUUUCUAAUUAAUUUUAUAUUAAUUGCUGAUAUUAUACUUAAUUACACUCUAAAGCAACUAUGGGAUGUCCUCAAGCACAGGAUGUUGCGUUUAGGCCUCUUGCUCAUUUCCCUCCAGACAUUUGGGGUGACCGCUUCGUUACUUUCUCCCUAGAAGACAAUUUGACGAUGGAAAGAUACGCAAAAGAGAUAGAAUCAUUGAAGGAAGAAGUUGGAAAGAUGUUAAUUUUGGAUGAUGAUGUUGAUUUUGGAAAGAAGAUGAGUUUGAUAGAUGUGGUUGAGCGUCUAGGAGUUUCCUAUUACUUUGAGAAUGAAAUCGAAGAGAUGUUGAACAACAUUUUCCAGGAGUUUGCUGCAAAGAAUUUCAAAACCGAGUAUGAUUUAUACAACAUUGCUUCACAAUUUCGCAUAUUCAGGCAACAUGGACACAAGAUGCCUUGUGAUGUACUCAACAAGUUUACAAAUAGUGAUGGCAAGAUCAAGGAUAGUCUAAGGAGUGAUAUAAAGGGCAUGGUGAGCUUGUAUGAAGCUGCACACUUAAGAGUACAUGGUGAACCUAUCCUAGACGAAGCGUUCAAUUAUACGAUCGAUGUCCUUAAGUCAAGUGCAUCAUUUUCGGAGCAAGCUCGUCAUGCAUUGAAGCAAGUAUUGCAUUUUGGCAUUCAAAGGGUGGAGACUCGCCAUUUCAUCUCCUUCUACGAGGAAGAUGAUUCUCGAAACGGAACGCUUUUGAGACUUUCAAAGAUUGAUUUCAAUAGGGUGCAACUACUGUAUCGUCAAGAAUUGAGCCAAAUCUUAAGGUGGUGGCACGACUUAGAUUUCAAAAACAGGCUACCUUAUGCAAGACAAAGAAGUGUGGAGUGCCAUUUUUGGUCAAUAGCUAUGUACUACGAACCUCAAUACUCUUUUGCUAGAUUGCUACUUAGCAAAGUUCUCCUUGUCAUUUCGAUAUUAGAUGAUUCGUAUGAUGCAUAUGGAACGUUCGAGGAACUGGAGCUCUUAACACAAGCAUUCGAGAGGUGGGACUUGAAUGCUAUGGAGCAAUUCCCUGCAGACUACAUGAAAUUAGUUUUCCAGUUUGUAUACAACACGUAUAAUGAGUUUGCGAAAGAGAUGACGGAGCAUGAUAAACCAUUUGCAGCUCAAUUUGCAAAAGACCGCGUUAUGGAUCUGAUAAGGAGCUACUACACCGAGGCGAAAUGGUAUAAAGCAAAAUAUGUGCCAACUUUUGAGGAAUACAUGGUGAAUGCGAGAAUAACAGGGGUUGCUCAAAUCAUUAGCACCUCCUCAUUGAUGGGAAUGGAAGAAAUUAUUCAAGUCAAACCAUUUAAACGGAUCAUACAAGCUCCUAAGGCUAUUCGAGCAUGUGAAAUCAUUGGACGCAUCAUGGACGACAUUGUUAGUCACGAGGAGGAGCAAGCAAGAGGGCACGUUGCAUCGGGAGUGGAAUGCUAUAUGAAAGACUAUAACAAGAGUAGAGAAGAAGUGGUUAAAAUAUUUAACAAAAUGAUAGAAGAUGCAUGGAAAGAAUUGAAUGAGGAGUUGUUAAUCAAGUCUAACCCAAGUGAUGACGAUCUUCCAAAGCCGGUUCUCAAACGAGUUCUUAACCUAGCUCGUGUGGUGGAUGCCUUGUACAAGGUCAUUGAUGGCUACACUUACUCAGCUAAACUUAUCAAGGACGACAUUAUCUCAACCUAUGCUAGCCCUAUUCCCCUUUGAAGAAAUCCAAUUUUAUCAUACAAAUAAACUUUCUACUUAUUUCUAUUAAUGUUUUAUGAAUUAGUUUGCUGAUUAAGAAUAAUGUAACUGACCGGUGAUGUGGUUGCUACUUAUGUGUGUGUAAUGUUUUUAUUUUUGGAAGGAAUGUGUGUGUAA